UCAACUAGCUGCGGAGCUGCAAGAGCUUUUCGACUCGCUUCUGUUUUUGAGAGAUAAACACUGGGAAUGGGAUUGCUAACAAUUCUAAAGAAGAUGAGACAGAAGGAGAAGGAGAUGCGACUCCUCAUGCUAGGGUUGGAUAAUGCAGGGAAGACCACUAUUCUGAAGAAAUUCAAUGGAGAAGAUAUCAACACAAUAUCUCCUACCCUUGGCUUUAACAUCAAGACAUUGGAACAUAAAGGGUUCAAAUUGAACAUAUGGGAUGUAGGCGGUCAGAAGUCUCUUCGUUCAUACUGGAGGAACUACUUUGAGAGUACCGAUGGAUUGGUGUGGGUAGUAGAUAGUGCUGAUAGGAGAAGAUUGAUGGACUGUAAACAAGAGUUACAUUCUCUUCUCUUGGAGGAGAGGUUGAAUGGUGCAACAUUGAUAGUCUUUGCUAACAAACAGGACUUACCUGGUGCUCUCUCUGCUGAUGAGAUCAGAGAGGCUUUAGAACUUGAUAAUAUCAAGACACAUCAUUGGUUGAUUCUUGGAUGCAGCGCAGUAACGGGUGAAAAUCUUCUCUAUGGUGUCAACUGGUUGGUAGAUGAUAUUGCUUCCAGACUCUUCACAAUGGACUGAUAAUGUAUUUAUUGGUUUUCUGGAUGUGUUCACACAUGGACUCUGAAGGAGACCAGCAGCUUUACGAUCUUUCCUGCAUUCUGCAGCUUUGUGAUCUCCUGGCCCCAAGAUGCUUCAAACUAUCAGCACAAGUACUACUGUAUGGGCUUCAGGUUUGUGCUACUGGUUCUACAAAUUUGCAGGCAUGUCCUACGAGCACUACAUGCUACAAGGCCUCUGCUCUGUUUCAUAAAAUUGCAUGAAAUUAUAUGAAUUUCUGACAAAUUUUCUCUCGACCAACUGAAUUGCACCAUUUCAGUAGCUUAUAGAAAGUGUGGCCCAUGAUAUCAUAAGGCUUAGUGAUCGAUCGUAGGGUCGAUUUAUACGAUUGAUUACACUGUGUAUGAUCAAUUGCAAAAUCACCCUACGAUCAAUGGCCAAAGCUUUAUGUAACAUCCUUGUCAUUAACAAUGAGUUUUAUGAAACAGGAUCCAGGUCUAUCAUGAACAGCUCAUUUAUCUGCUGUCGAGGAAUGACCAUGCUGCGAGUAAAGAAAGUGAAAGUAAAUGAGAAAAAUCAUAGCAAUCAAUGGGUGUUAGUAAUAGUUAUUGU